UGAUCCCCACUCGUAUACGUGUGGGAGCUCGACCGCAGAGCUAGCCAACCUCAAAAUACCAUCAUUAGUUGGAGAUCUCAGUCUAGUUGUGUAGACUUGUGCGAGAGAUCGAAAUGGCUACGCCACACGGCACGGCGGCUCUAGCCCUCGCCGCGGUGCUGUGCCUGCUGCCGGCGCUGGCCAGCGCCCAGCUCAAGGUCGGGUUCUACCAGAAGACCUGCCCCAACGCCGAGACGCUUGUCCGGCAGGCCGUCUCGGCGGCCUUUGCCAAGAACGCCGGCAUCGCCGCCGGGCUCAUCCGCCUCCAUUUCCAUGACUGCUUCGUCAGGGGCUGCGACGCGUCGGUGCUGCUGACCGUGAACCCGGGCGGCGGCAGGACGGAGCGGGACGCCCCGCCGAACAACCCGAGCCUCCGUGGCUUCGAGGUGAUCGACGCCGCCAAGGCGGCCGUGGAGCAGAGCUGCCCCAGCACGGUCUCCUGCGCCGACAUCCUCGCCUUCGCGGCCCGCGACAGCGUCACGCUCACCGGCAACGUCUUCUACCCCGUCCCCGCCGGCCGCCGCGACGGCUCCGUCUCCAAAGAAUUGGACGCCAACGCCAACCUGCCCCCGCCCACAUUCACCGCGCAGCAGCUCAUCGACCGCUUCAAGAACAAGUCCCUCAACGCCGAGGAGAUGGUGCUCCUCUCCGGCGCCCACACCGUCGGCCGCUCCUUCUGCGCCUCCUUCGUCGACCGCGUCUGGAAGAACGGCACCAACACCCCCAUCGUGGACGCGGGGCUGAGCCCGUCGUACGCGGCGCUGCUGAGGGCGCUGUGCCCGUUUAACACGACGCAGACGACGCCCAUCACCACGGCCAUGGACCCCGGCACGCUCAACGUGCUGGACAACAACUACUACAAGCUGCUGCCGCGGGGGAUGGGGCUCUUCUUCUCCGACAACCAGCUGCGGGUGGACGCCAACCUCAACGCCAUGGUGAACAGGUUCGCGGCCAACGAGACCCUGUGGAAGGAGCGGUUCGCGGCGGCCAUGGUGAAGAUGGGCCGCAUCCAGGUGCAGACGGGAAGGUGCGGACAGGUUCGGCUCAACUGCAGCGUCGUCAAUCCCUCCUCCUCGUCGUCGAUCGAGCUGCCGUCACUCUCCCUCGCCGACGAGGAGCAGGAGGGCGUCGUCGCUACCAGCUAGGGAUCUAAGAUCGGACCCAGCGACUGUUACAUGUGUUUGCUUGUGUUUUGCUUACUUUUGACGCUGAGAUCCCGUUAGUGCACUUUUACGUGGUGUGUGCCGGCCGGCAUGCGCGCUUUAUAUUGGAUUUUGGCAUUGCGUAAUAAUAAGUGCGUAUCAGUUUUA